AUGUUGCGCACCUCGUCCACUCGCGUCAUCCGCCGCUGCUUCUCCACGGAAGCGACGCCUGCCGCCGCCGCCGCCCCCGCCAAGAAGAAUGGAUCGUCCUUGGGCCAGCGAUUUGCUGCGUUCUUCGUCGGUGCCGCCGUCGGUGGUGCUGGCGCUAUCUACCAAAUCCGCCAAGACUUGCUGGUCUCGAACGGCGAGCUCCAGAAGGAACUCGCGGCGUUGAAGGGUGACGUCGUGGAAGCGAACGCUCGCCUGGCGCAGCGCGUGGCGCAACUAGAAAAGUCUUCCAAGUAA